CAUAUACACAAUUUAUAUGUGUGAGCAGAGCAAAAAAACAAACGCAAAAUCGUGGUCACAGCAAGAGCCUAUUAGAGGGCGACGAAUAUACCGAGAGCGUAGCGUGAAGCUGGAGUGACCGCAACGAUAGCGCAGCUGGGCACAGCUCCAUCGAUCGCUCCAAACUCCAAAACGGUGCAGGCGGCAGAGCCCUUUCACCUCAGCCUUGUGUCGUCAGAUCUCUCGUGCGCCACAUCUUUAUCGGCGUCAGCGCCGUCAUCGUCGCUGCAGCUCGUUUCCAGGUUCUCUGAAACUGCUGAGAUUAUCAUGGAAGCUGUGGAAGAAUCCAAUGGCCGGCACGGCGACGACGCCGCCGGCCGCCGGGCGUCCAGGAAGGAUCGCCGGAACGCGUGGGCCAGCGGUUUCAUCCUCGUGAACAACUUCCUACAGUACACGGCCUACUUCGGGGUGUCGACGAACCUGGUGAACUACCUCAAGUACAGGCUGCACGAGGGCAGCAAGUCGGCGGCGAACAGCGUCACCAACUGGCAGGGCACCGGCUCCAUCACGCCGCUCGUCGCCGCCUACCUCGCCGAUGCCUUCCUCGGCAGAUACUGGACCAUCCUGCUCUUCAUGGUCAUCUCCAUCCUGGGCUACGGGGUGCUGACGGCGAGCGCGGCGGCGGCGCUGCAGGGCGCGGUGUUCUACGCGGGGCUGUACCUGCUGGCGCUGGGGAGCGGGGUGCUGGUGGUGAUGGCGCCGUUCGGGGCGGGCCAGUUCGACGAGGCCGACGAGGAGGAGCGCCGCCGGCAGAGCUCCUUCUUCAACUGGUUCUACCUCUCCAUCAACUUCGGCUCGCUCGUCGGCGGCACCGUGCUGGUGUGGGUGCAGACCAGCGUCGGGUGGGGGAUCGGGUACGGCAUCCCGGCGAUCUUCAGCGUGCUGUCCGUCGCGGUGUUCCUCGCCGGCACCGCAGCGUACCGGCGGGGCCAGCCGCCGGGCGGCAGCCCGCUCACGAGGGUCGCGCAGGUGGUGGUCGCCGCCGCCAGGAAGUACGACGUCGAGGUCCCCUCCGACGCGUCGUUGCUGCACGAGUGCGACGUCGUCGAUGGCAUGUCGGCGAUACAGGGGAGCCGCCGGCUCGUGCACACCGCCCAGUUUAGGUUCUUGGACAAGGCGGCCGUGGAGACGGCCGGCGACAAGGCGGGGCCGAGCCCGUGGCGGCUGUGCACGGUGACGCAGGUGGAGGAGCUCAAGUGCGUGCUCCGGCUGCUGCCGGUGUGGGCGAGCGGCAUCAUCUUCGCGGCGGCGUACACGCAGAUGAGCACCACCUUCAUCCUCCAGGGCGACACGCUGGACCCCCGCGUGGGCCGCUUCAAGGUCCCCGCCGCCGUGCUCUCCGUCUUCGACACCCUCAGCGUCAUGCUCUGGGUGCCGCUCUACGACCGCGUCAUCGUCCCCGCGGCGCGCCGCGUGACGGGCCACGACCGCGGGUUCACGCAGCUGGCCCGCAUGGGCGUCGGCCUCGUCAUCCUCACCGUCGCCAUGCUCACGGCCGGCGCGCUCGAGGUGGCGCGCCGGCGCGUCAUCGCGCGGCACGGCCUGUACGGCGACGUCGGCGACGGGAGUUACCUGCCGCUCUCGAUAUUCUGGCAGGUGCCGCAGUACGUGGUGGUGGGCGCGUCGGAGGUGUUCACGUUCAUCGGGCAGAUGGAGUUCUUCUACGACCAGGCCCCCGACGCCAUGCGCAGCCUCUGCUCGGGCCUGUCCAGCACGUCGUUCGCCCUCGGCAACUACGCCAGCUCGGCGAUCGUCGUCGUGGUGGCGCGCGUCACGGCGCGCGGCGGCCGUCCCGGCUGGAUCCCCGACGACAUCAACCGCGGCCACCUCGACGACUUCUUCUGGCUGCUCGCCGCGCUCUGCGUCGCCAACUUCGCCGCCUACCUCCUCAUCGCACGCUGGUACACCUACAAGAAGACCGUACACUAGCGCCCCCAUACGAGUCCCAUGGGCCGGGCUGAAACGACAAGAGUGUAAUGGGCCGGGCUAAAUGGGCUUGGCCCAGUAAAAGUUGUUUAACUGUAGUAAAACCCAAUGGAAAUAUUACCAAACCGAGUCAUGAGCUUUUUGGCUUUGCAUGCGGAGCCUCUGCUUUUGAAAAUUUCAAAAUCCUGCAGAAGUGAACUGAAAAUUCA